AUGGACAGCCCACCCCCAGACCCUCUGGCCAGUGUGAAUGCCUGUUGGUCGCGCAUCUCUGCCUCACCGGUGUACAACUUCCUUUUCUCGGACAUCGACAUCGUCUCUGCUUCUGUUGGGUCGAUGCUCGCACGACUUACUGUCGGACCUAACCAUCUCAAUUCCAAGGGCAGCCUCCAUGGCUCUGUUUCAGCUACUAUUGUGGAUUGGGCGGGCGGCAUGGCCAUUGCGACUCACGGGCUAGAGAGGACUGGACUGAGCACCGACAUCCAUGUCGCAUACUCUGCUGGGGCCAAGUUGGGUGAUAUUCUGACAAUUGAGGGCAAGACGACAAAGGUGGGUCGGAAUAUGGGGUUUACUACUGUGACUAUUUAUAAAGCAACUGGAGAGGAGGCGAUGGGGACGGUCGUUGCGCAUGGGACUCACUCAAAGUAUAUCCUGAAAGAUACGCAAGAGAGCAAAUGA